AAGUACUUGAUGUUGGUCCGUUGAUACUACUUCAAUUUGGUAAUUUACCGGAGCGAUGGGGAGAAAAAUUGAUAAGGCUUGAACCGAAAGACCCAGUGAAGGAAGUAUAAUAACUGCACCACUGAGCUAAAAGAACAUAAUCUAAGUACAGCUGAUCAUUUCUACGACAAAAAUAUGAAUUCUCUUCAACACUGAACUGGCUCUUUUUCUCCUUUUUGGAUUACUGAAUGCACUCAUGAAAUUUCCAUUAUCUGAUAGCCUUCAUGCAAAAAAGGGAAGUUUCCUUUUGGAUCCCAUGAAGACGAAAAAUUUCUAUCUUGUAAUUCUUUUUGCUGCUUCUACUAUAGUGGCCAUUUGGCUGCUGAGUAACCCAACACCUAAUUUUCAAACCAUUGUUAAAGAAACUAACAAACACAUCAACAGCAUCAAGAAUUUACCUUCAAGCAUCAAACAUGCAAAAGAGUUGGAUGAUGUUGAUCCUGAGUAUUUAGAGUUACUUGGCUUUCGAGAUGGCAGCAGCAGUCGACGAGAAGACGAUGAACGAUUUCCUAGCAAGGAGAAUGUUAAUUUACCUGUCAUUGCUAGCGGUGUUGAGCCUGGUCAAUAUAAACAAGUCAUAGACUUGCUGGAGUCAGUACAUCGUUAUUUACCUCAUAGUCUAUUGAUUUUAUAUGACCUGGAUAUAGAUUCUUCAGAAAAUGUCAUGCUAAAGAAACAUUGUAACAACACCAAAUCGUGUAUUCUGACUCCUUUUGACUUCAAGCGUUACCCCUCACAUUUAAAAGAUUUGUCUACUAAAAGUUAUCGACCGCUCUGUAUUCAGGAAAUACUGAAUCGCUAUGGUGGAGUUAUUUGGGCUGACAGCUCAGAGCAUUUCAUAACUAACAAGAUGAACCAGAGUGUGACGCAGGCCCAAACUAUAGGUCUUGUUGCUUGGACUAUUAAAGAACCAACAUCGUCAUUAACUCACCCUAAAAUGUUUCAGUAUUUUAAAACAAAGCCAGAAAAUUAUUAUUUCCAUCGAGCAGUUGAGUCAUCUCACCUAAUUGUAUUCAACCUGGAUCGCAUCCACCAUGAAUUGAUGUUACCAUGGGUACGGUGUGCACUGACACAAGAGUGUAUUAGUCCGACAGGGGCUCAGAAUGUUGGUUGCAAUUACCAGCGUAAACCUUUGUUCCGUUAUUCAGGUUGUCAUCGUUAUGACAUGUCUGCUUUGAAUGUUAUCCUCGGACUUUUGUUUAACUUUAACACAAAACAUUACACUGCCCGACAACAAGUUUUUGGUGUGUUGAAUAAAGAGAGAAUAUCAGGAAAAAAUUUGACUGCACCAUUAUAUAUUUCCAAACUGAGAUAUUUGUAAUGCUUGUUAUUAAGAUAUGGAGAAUUGAAAGGAAAUGUAAAGUAAAAAGCAACAUGGAAAAUCUGUAAUGACAUAUCUUUAGCAAUGUGGUAAAAUAUUGUGUGAAGGUGUGGCAAAAAAAAAAGACGUCUCUUUUAUUCAGGUAAACUGGGUAUCACCAGUGGUUCACUUCUGUCCCGCUUGGUUCAUAUGUUUGUUUUAUCAAGGGUAAGAAGACAUGUGUUGAAUGUAUUCCUUCAGUCAUGCUGACUUCUUGAGGCAGUUUGAAAGCAUUGUUUUGCCCUGUCAUCUAACUAACAUUGGGGAUGAUAUUGAUGGUGGUUUCUGCUAACAACUUCUCCUUUAUUUCUUUUAUUAAAUUUUUCAUUGUCUAUUUGCUGCUGUCAUUCAGUGAGAUAGCAGCUAUAAAUAUUAAUUAUUAAUUUACUUAUAUUAAUAGCAGCUAUCACUCCAUUUCAAGGUGACAGUUCAGACGAAAAGCUUUCACUUAUUUAAAUGAAAACCUCUACUGUAUUACUUUAAUGUUCCAAAGGAAGAAAGAUUCCUCUUUAUUUACAAUUCAUAGCCUGACUUAAUCUUUUUUUUCUCUAAGAGUAAGAAAUUGAAAAAAAAAAAAAAAAAAAAGAAUCCUAUAAAUUGAUUGGCUUGAAUUGGUUUUAUUUUGAAGAUGAAUCUUUUUGUUUCUUUCAUAUGUAUUCAUUUUUUUUAUUUAUAUAUUUAAUUAUUUUAACAUUUGGCGUUUGCUCUGUUAAAUACAAAGUUUUAGUUUCUAACUUAUUUACUGAAUGCUUAUUAAAGUUGCCUUUUUUUCCAUUUUUUCGAGUCUUUGAGAGAUUAAAAAAAAAUUAAUAUAACUAAUUGGGUUUUAUUAAAACUAAGAGUUUUAAACUGAAUAACUGGUGAUUAAAGUUUGAGAUGUGGCAGAACCAUACUCUAUAAAGAGGCAUGAUAAAACUACAAUGCUUUUUGUUGGAAGGGAUGAGUUUAAGAGUGCACAUUGUGUUAUGACAAUACUCUGAUUUUCUCAAAUAUUUGAGAAUAAGGGAGAAUGGCUGUGAAAUAUUAAAAAGAAAAAAAUUUGAAAAAGAUGAUGGAAAAUGAAUAUUUUUUUGUUUUUUAUAUUCACUUUUGUUUUGCUGUAAAAUAUUUUUCAUUGAUAAAAUGUUGAAGUCAAGUUAUUAUCACACAAUAAACACAAAAUUGAAUCUGUUAUCUUUCACUGAUUUAAAAUCAUAUGUAAUAGUUAACAUAUACACUUAGUACAUAACUAAAAUAGUACAAUAAAGCUUUUUGUUUUUUUAAAUUUCUACUGAACACUUAGUGUUAAGGUAUUUUGUCAGAGAAACACAAAUAUGUAUUUAUGUAAUCACACACAUACACACACACACACACACACACACCAGAAUAUUCAUAUUUUAAUGAAUGGGUUAAAGUAAAGAACCCAUUUAAAUAGUGUUAAAUUAGUCUGUGAAUUGUAUUUAAUUUAUAUUAACCUAGGCUACUGAAAUUACUGAAGUGAAUGAUGUUUAAUCUAUAGUAAUGAAAUCAUGUUGAGGCAUCCAUAAUUUCAUAAUAAUAAUUUUAUAAUAAUAACAAAUGCUAUUUGUCUUACAAAUCAAUUAUCUUCAGUUUUUAACUUCUGAAAUAUCUACUUAUAAAUUUAUUGGAAUGAUAAAACUGUUAUCAAGUAACAUAAGUAUUGUUAGAAAUAUUUAGCCCUGCUAAGUUGUAUAAAAAUUUCUUCUCAAACUUAUCCCAGUAAAACUUCUCAAAGCUUUCAAUUUAAAGUUCACUGAGAAAAAAAUAAGUCAAAAAUAAUAAAAUGAAAUGUAAGAUUUGUUAAUUCACCAAAAAUUAUAGAAGUAAAAAUAAAUCAAAGAGUAAUAGGAAAAAUGUUUGAAAUGUUGACUUUGGCUUUUAGUUGGAACAUUUAAUUUGAUCAUUUUACUUGAGUUGUUGAGCCAAUGUAAUUCUUGUUCCUUUGUUUCUCUGAUGGGAUAAUGUUUUUCUGAAUUUUGAACAAAAAUAUUAUAAAAUCUUGUUCUUGCUAUUUAUAAUUUUUGAUCUGAAAACAAGAAGAAAAACAUGACCAUAUUCCUGAAACAGAACCAAUAGGUUUAAUCAUAAAUUUCCCCUCAUUUUUAUUCUUCAUCCAUGUACAAAGCUAAAAUUUCAGUAUCAUUGGAAUUAGUCAUCAGUGUUUAAUCUCCAUGGCAUUUUAAUAACCUGAGAAUAAAAGAAUUCAGUACAGUUCUUGUUUGGUUGCUUUGGUUCAAAUUUCUAGUCUUUAAAGACUUUAUCUGAAAAACAACAAAACACCAUUCUCUCUGCUGCUGCUUAAAUUCUAAAACCUCAGCAUCUAUUUGCUAUUGUAUCCCGUCCAUUUUGCUAUUAUAUCAACACUAUACUUUAGUAGAGGUUUCUUAUAAUAACCAUCUAUUGUAAAUGAUGAAUUUGAGGAGAAUUUGAUAUCAAAUAGUAUUGGAUAAUAUAGUAUAGAUAAUUAAUAUAA